UUUUCUGAAAAUAAAAAAAAACAGAAGGUACAUUACAUUUCAGAGUUACUGUAAUGAGGGCUGUAAAAAAUAUAUUUACGAUUAACACUCUAAAAAACUUAUCGUUUUUUCAACGUAACUUCUACACUUCAGGAGAAAAAAAGGCUGCUGAAGGACGCGGUCCUCUAUGUGAUGAGAAUCGUAUAUUUCAAAAUUUGUAUGGACAGCAUGAUUGGCGAUUAAGAGGUGCCUUAAAACGCGGGGAUUGGUUCAAGACAAAAGAAAUAUUGCAGAAAGAUCCUGAAUGGGUAAUUAACGAGCUUAAGGCGGCGCAUCUCCGUGGACGUGGUGGUGCUGGCUUUCCAACUGCUGUUAAAUUAUCUUUCAUGCGUUUAGCUACUGAUGAGUCAAUACCAAAGUUUUUAAUUGUCAAUGUGGAUGAAGGUGAGCCUGGAACAUGCAAAGACCGUGAGAUACUACGCCAUGAACCACACAAGGUUAUAGAAGGAUGUCUCAUUUUGGGUCGAGUAGUAGGUGCGCGCACAGCUUUUGUAUUCAUACGUGGAAACUUCUACAAUGAAGCUUGUAAUUUAUCUUACGCCAUAGCAGAAGCUUAUGAAAAUAAACUUAUAGGAAAAAAUGCUUGUGGUGCAGGUUAUGACUUCAAUGUUCAUGUACAUCGUUGCGCUGGUAAUUAUAUACGAGGUGAAGAAACCGCAUUAAUUGAUUGCUUAGAAGGGCAAGGCGGCAAACCCCAUCCAAAGGCCAUUUUUAAUUUUGAAAAAGGCGUUUAUGGAUAUCCAACACUUCUCCUUAACAACGAAACUGUUGCUAUCAUCCCAACUAUAAUUAGACGAGGUGGUCGCUGGUUCGCAGGCUUGGGUAGGCCCUUCAAUACUGGUACAAAACUUUUUUGCAUUUCGGGUCACGUCAAUAAUCCUUGUACUGUGGAGGAGGAAAUGUCCGUGCCACUAAAGGAAAUGAUUGAAAGACAUGCCGGAGGUGUACGAGGUGGAUGGGACAACCUACUUGCAAUUAUUCCCGGCGGCUCUUCAACAGCAAUUUUAACUAAAGACGCUUGUGAAAAUGUUUUAAUGGAUUAUGACAGUCUAGCAAAAUCACAAUCCGCUUUGGGUACAGGUGGAAUUAUUGUUUUUGACAAGUCAGCCGACAUUGUCGAAGGAUUGGCCCGAUUUGUACAUUUCUACAAAAAUGAAAGUUGCACACAAUGCACUCCAUGUCAAGAAGGUUUGCGCUAUCUGCAUCAGACUAUGCAAAGUAUUUUAAAGGGAAAAGCAAAACCUGAUGAUAUUGACAAAAUGUUGAAGCUAGCUAGUAACAUGAGAGCAGCUACAAUGUGCGCCCUGGCUGACAGUUCAGCUCAUGCAUUGAUGGGUUUUCUGCAAAAGUUUAGACCGUUUGUAGAAGCCAAAAUAAAGAAAUAAGGCGCAAUUCUUUAAAUACAAAUCCAUA